AUGCGGAGAAUUUUCCGUCGCUCAAGGACGAUCUGUCUCUUCUUGGCCUUCGCCACUCUUCUCCUGCACCUCCUCCUGGCGCUGCUGUCCAUCCACGACCACCAACCAUGUGACCCUGAGCCACAGCUGCAGCUUCCCAAGCCACCCUCCCUGGCCACGGUCCGACCUGCUGAGUCCCCACCGCACAAAGAUGCAGAUGUGGUGCUGACGUGUCACGAUAGAAACGUGACGGACGACGGAGCGGUGACGGCGGAGCUUCUGAGGUCCAGCCUGCUGAAACUGGAGGCUCUGUUCGACCAUCCCCUGUACAAUCUGCCCGGGCAGCCCGUCUCUGAAGAGGACUGGCUGCUGAGAGUAAAACCAAAGAUCAAGGACAGCGAGAGGAGCUCACAGUUGUGGGUCAGCACAAGUCAAGAAGGGUACAACGACGUGCAGUGGAACAGCAGCAGCAGCACUCACCCUCCCUGGCUGCGCUUCCAUCUGGGCAUCUCCCGAUGGCAACUCUACUCUCACCGUGACGCCAACAUGGAGCCUCUGAUGCAGCAGCUGGCCACUCAUCCAGUCGUCAGUGCAGUGCAGAAGUCCGGAGGGACGCAGCUGAAGCUGGUGAUGACGUUUCCCAACUACGGCCAGGCCUUGUUCAAACCCAUGAAGUGAGUGCCAACAAAUUAAAUACACAGAACAG